AGGUAUAACCAACUGUGUGCAACACCGUGUGUGCACGCGCGGCCCCACAUUUUCCCACCCCCUAAAACGAAUGCUUUUUGAAGAGCCGAUAUCUUUGGAAGAGGCGGCGCUGUCAGCGCACGCGAUGGCACAGCCUAGCCGCAAAAGUUACGUACACGGCUGUUCCCACAUUCCAUUACUAUUCGAGACAGUUGGAGAACGACUACGUAGUGCUGUGGACCAGACUCCUAACAAGGAAUUUGUGAUAUUCAAACGAGAAAACAUCCGUCGCACGUACCUUCAGCUGCUGAAAGACGCAGAACGUCUUGCAUGUGGUCUUAUCCAUCUUGGGUUAGAAAAGGGUGAUCGUGUUGGCAUCUGGGGUCCAAAUACCUACGAAUGGGUCACCACACAGUUCGCUACUGCAUUAGGUGGAAUGGUGCUGGUGAACAUCAACCCUUCUUACCAGUCUGAAGAACUCCGGUUCGCUCUCGGAAAAGUAGACAUCAAGGCUCUUAUUACACCUCCGGGAUUCAAAAAGUCGAGCUACUAUAGAAGUGUCACUGAUGUUAUUCCCGAAAUAGAAUUAAAGCCUCCAGGCCGAAGUGACAUCUCCUCUCCAUGUUUUCCAGUUUUUCGACAUUUGAUCAUUUUCGGAAGCGAUGACAAGCUUUAUCCAGGAGCAUGGAGAUAUAGCGACGUCAUAAGAAUGGGCACGGAGGAGGACCGGCUGAAGCUAGCGAAAACAGAACGUGAGAUCCAGCCUGAUGAUCCGAUCAAUAUCCAAUACACAAGCGGUACGACAGGACAACCAAAAGGUGCCACCCUAACUCAUCACAACGUCCUGAACAAUGCCUACUUCGUUGGUAUUCGAGCCGGAUAUCAUGAGCAGAAGACUGUCAUCUGCAUACCAAAUCCACUGUAUCACUGUUUUGGAUGUGUUAUGGGAGUUUUGUCCGCUCUAACUCAUCUGCAGACGUGUGUAUUCCCCGCUCCUAGCUUUGAAGCCCUUGCAGCUCUACAAGCCAUCGACGAAGAAAAAUGCACUUCUCUUUAUGGUACUCCCACUAUGUUCAUAGAUAUGCUAAAUCAUCCCGAAUAUUAUAAGUAUAAUUAUGACAGCAUUAGAUCAGGAUUUAUUGCUGGAGCUCCAUGUCCAAUCACACUUUGUAGACGUUUGGUUAAUGAAAUGCACAUGACAGAUAUGCAGGUAUGCUACGGCACGACUGAAACAUCACCUGUCUCCUUCAUGUCUAUACGAGAUGACCCUCCUGAACAACGAAUAAAGAGUGUUGGACAUAUCAUGGAUCAUUUGGAGGCCGCAGUAGUAGACAAGUACGGUAAAAUAGUACCACGAGGUGAGAAGGGCGAAGUGAUUGUACGAGGCUAUUCCGUUAUGCGAUGUUACUGGAAUAGCGAAGAACAAACAAAAAAAGAAAUAACCGAGGAUAGAUGGUAUCAUACGGGUGAUAUCGCUGUUAUGCAUGAUAAUGGUACGAUCUCAAUAGUAGGGCGAUCUAAGGAUAUGAUUGUUCGUGGAGGAGAAAAUAUUUAUCCUACCGAAGUGGAGCAGUUUCUCUUCAAACAUCCAAAAAUUGAAGAUGCACAUAUAGUUGGUGUUCCUGAUGAGCGAUACGGUGAAUCUGUAUGCGCAUGGAUUCGCUUGCACGAAUCUGCUGUUGGAAUCGUCACUGAGGAACAGAUCAAGAAUUGGUGUAAAGGAAAAAUUGCCCACUUCAAGAUCCCACGUUACAUCCUUUUCAAAAAGGAAUACGAAUUUCCCUUGACUGUUACGGGAAAAGUGAAAAAGUUUGAGAUUCGAGAACAAUCGAAGGUCGAGCUCGGUUUACAGCAGGUAAGAGACGCCGUGGAACAGUCGACGUUUUAACAUUUGUUUCGUGUGUCGCCUGGACGGAUUUACAGAGUUCUAUUUGAAUGUCAAUUUCAUACUUUGCCUCUCUACGAACAUUUUCGUUCGUGUCAAAUCUCUGCUGUAAUGAGCAUACUUUUUUGGAUAAUCACU